AUGGCUCCAAAUCGGUCAGCAAAGCAACAAAAACGAUCCCGGGCCAGCGAUGUAGCAGAGAAAGUGUCACGAUCAGUCGAGGAGCGAACAAAACGCCGACGGACGUCCGAUGUCACCGAAGAACAGAGCCUCGUGAAUAGCAAUGGAUCAACAGGAAAGGAGGUCGCAGUCGCUGGUGACGUCCCUUCCCAGGAACAAAAAGAGCGCAAGAAAGCUGCGCCAUGGUCGUUUUCACGCCCCGUUGGUGGACGCUACCUCAAUCUGGACCCGGUCAUGACUGAGGAUGAAGCACAUCUGUUUGUCGCACUAGACACUGCAGUGCAGGUCUUUGCUACUGCUACUUCCCGUCUCCUUCGAACCCUACAAAUGGAAGCCGGGCAAAAGGUGGUCGGUUUCCAACUAUGCCCUACUGAGCCAGGAAUCCUUUACAUCUUCACAUCCGGCUUUGUGACCAAAUGGGAUUGGGACUCUGGCAAGAGACUUGCUCGCUGGGGCACUGAUGCUACUACUGUCGCGAUUGACCUGACCGUGCCCGAGAACGAAGCUCAACCGGUGUCGUACUCUAUCGUCUCUCCCAAGGAUGGCAAACGGCAGAUUCUUGUCAAUGCUUUGGGCGAGAAGAAGAUCCCAGGGGUCCCUAUCUUGACAACCAGUGAAUCAAUCAGCAGUAUACGGGUCACAUGUGGGGGUCGAGUCAUUGUCGCUUGCGAUGGAGCUCACAUUUUCCUUGGACUUGCCUCAAACAUCGAUCUCGAGACCCCGAAAUCAAUUCAAUUCUCAUGGCGGGAGGCUACUCUCCCAGCUUCGGCCACCUGUUUCCACCUUCGGGAAAAUUCCGAAGAAAGUCAACUAUCUACCAACCCAGUGGUUGAUCUCGCCGUCGGACAGGUUGGUGGUUCGAUCCUGGUCUACCAGAACAUUUUGAACACUCUGUUUGUUCAGUCAACGGACAAGAAGCCCUCGCCUCGUAAGCUCCACUGGCACCGAGGCGCUGUGAGUUCAGUGCGAUGGUCAAGAGACGGCAAUUACCUCAUCUCAGGUGGUCAAGAGUCUGUUCUCGUACUUUGGCAAUUAGACACUGGCCGCAAGCAGUUUCUCCCUCAUCUUUCUUCCCCCAUCUGCAACAUUGUCGUGUCUCUGAGCGGCAACUCGUAUAUUGUGAAGCUCGCCGACAACUCAGUCAUGGUGCUAUCUGCACGAGAACUACAACCUUCGGCGAAUGUGACGGGGUUGCAGCUGAGUACCGAGGUAUCCAGCUACAAAGAUUCGUCUUCACAGAGGCCUUACGGUGCCGUGGCUACAUUGCACCCGCAACACCCGGAGCGCCUGAUGGUCACGGUGCCUGCAUCAUAUCACGUCAGUCAGCAGGGUCAUCAACGUCCGAGCUCCGCUGUCUUACAAACCUUUGACAUUCGCUCCAACUAUCACAUUUCUCGACAAGCCCUCGCACGAACCAAUGCGACAACGCUUGACAUUGGCCCAGACGGUUCCCCUAUUGUUGCACCAGAUGUCUGCCAAAUGGGCGUUUCACAAGACGGUAAAUGGAUGGCAAGUGUUGACUCAUGGACGCCAAACCCCCAGGAUGUGGAAUCUCUCACUUCCAACACCUCCAACAAAGAGUUCGCAUCAUCGCAUCCAGAAGUGUACAUGAAGUUUUGGAAAUGGAACGCCUCCAGUGAUACGUGGGAGCUGGUGACGCGCAUUGAUGGUCCUCAUUUCAAGGACUUCCGAAAUUCGCCGGUUCUCAGCCUAGCGGCUCGACCAUGCUCGCACGAAUUCGCCAGUCUAGGUGCCGAUGCGUUCCUCCGUAUUUGGUGUCCCAUAUCUCGGCCUCGAAGCGGGUUGACCACAGAUACCUCGAAACAAAACCUGGAUAACUGGAAAUGCCGAACCGUCGUCGACCUCAGUGCGUUUGUCAACCCGGCAAUGCAGGCCGUUGAGGCAGGCUGCAUCACUUUCUCAGAGGACGGAUCGGUCCUUGCCGUUUGCCUGCCCUCCGCCACUGGAACGAGCGAUGGUGUUGUGCUCCUGGUCGACGUGAGAAAUGGCAGCAUCCACUACCGCCGAACAGGCGUCUUCUUCGGUAACCCGUUCUCCGCCAAGUUCCUGGCCAAGCACUUGAUCGUCGCAGCUUCGGGAUCCAUAUCUGUCUGGGAUACCGUCGAUGACGUGGUAACGCCCGUCAAGCUCAUCGAUAACGCCAGCUCAGAAUCACAUUUCCAAACAAUCCUCGCCGUGAAUCCACGAACCAGCACUUUUGCCGUUGUUCUCCGCACGGGCGGUAGCUCCAAGAACCCCGAGAAGAAGCGCCGCAAGGCCAAGCACCACAUCCAGAUCUAUGAUGUUCCCUCCCUGGAGAUGACAUUCCACGAAACCCUUUCUUGCAGCCCUCUUUCCCUCCUCUCAGACACGCACACCGGCGACUACAUCAUUUUGGACUCCACCGCCACCGUGCAACGACUCGGCUGCCUGGAGAAGACCACACAGAAGAUCACCCAGCCUCGCGAAGUCACCAGCCAAUUGAACUCCGGCCUUGCCAGCAUCUUCAGUCAAUCCCACGAACGGUCCGCCAUGGUUCCCGUGGUUGAAGACAACACCUCUGCUUCUCAGACCAAAGCCCUGGCAACUGUGUUUGGAGAGACUCCUGCUUUCGCGUUGCCUUCUUUGAAUGUGCUCUUCAGGAACGUGGUUCAGACUCUGGGAUCGAACUAA